CAGGGUUUCUCCCCUUCUGGCUUUCUUCUCGCGCACUCCCUCUCCUCUCGCACUCCAGUGUCUUUGCUUUCCUACGCGUCGCACGACAAAGAUCCUCUGUCGGUUUUCUCAGUGACACGCGUCACCACUUGAGAUGUCGGGAAGCAGGUACACUCCUCACAACACACACAACAGAACCUCCAGCUUACUCACGUAUCUUCCCGUCGUAUCUGUCAGCCACAUCAUCGUUUUCCUGGUGGUUGGCCUGUCGGUGGCUGCCGGCGGAAAUCACACUAGCAUCAGGCGCCUGGACCCGUGCGACACUUUGGGAGCGCCUUGCAGCUCUCCCUAUGCACGGGUAAGAGUUUAAACGAAGACAAAGCGAGUACGUGACCCCAAACUGCGCUUGUCUGUGAGUACAGGUUCCCAAUGGUUGUAAUGGGGUGCCGGACACAUGGGGUAGCGUCGACUUCACAGAGGUGUGCAACGAACACGACCGCUGCUACUAUACGCUGGGUAGGACGGGGAGAGGAAUCGCUGGACAUGUGUGCUGUAAUUCAUGGCCUCCUUUGCUUCCCAGGCUCGGUUGCCGAUCAGUGCAACGACGCCUUCCGUGCGGGCCUUAUCAGCGAAUGUGAAAGAGCCGUGACAUUCGGCCCCCUGUUGUUCGCCUGUAAGACUGCCGCCAACGGGAUGUACACGGCGGUCGCCGCGUCGGCCGACUUCUACCACGCUCGCGCGCAGAAGCGGCAGGAGCUGCAUGAGUGUUGCUGCUUCGACGGCACCAACUGCUGACUGCACUCGACUGCCUCACCCAGUGCUGUUCUGAGUGUUGUGGGUGAGGUGCAUAAUGGAUGGCCGUGACUAUGGCAUCCUCGUCUGUUCCUGUACGUCGUGUUGUGCCGUGUCGUGUCGUCUGUCUGAGCCUAUUCUCCCGUAGGCAGUGCCUUGUGCUGUUCUGUCUGGGUGCCUUGCGUACGUGUUGUGUUGGGUUCUAUAUAGUGAGGUAGGGGAAUAAGGGCAACCACCAUAUUUAUUGAAGCGAUAGAAUGCACAUGUCCAUCAAUCGAUCAUCACUUUUGUUCCGUGUGUGGCGUGCAACACACAGACACAUCGUCAUCUCGCACCCAACAGCGUGCAAGAAUGACACAUAUGUACGUCGUGUUGUCACAUCGUGUUUUCGUGUUUGUGGGGAGUGACAUCAUGUGUUGGCAACGGGAUGGAUUCAUCAACUGCAAAUGGAGCCACAGGGGUGAACGAAUGAGUGAAUGAAUGGAUUACCA